AUGUCCGCAAGGCCCAAGGCAGACUCCUGCUGGUCGCUCAGUCUACGAGGCCGCGGCUGUAACGAUGGAUACUCCAGCGACGAUGAAUCAGAGGACGGCGACAAGACAGCACUCACCACCGGCUCUGACGGACCCUCGCCGCCGACCUCAGACGAAGCUCGGCUCCUGGGAGAACUGGAUCUUGCCUCUCGCGCGGACGCUGCUGCAUACAAACCGAGCCCUUGGUCUAUUGCGAAAGUCAACGCUUCUGCUCGACCAUCAAAGCCUCUUGCCGCUACUCAUAAGAAAUCUAAGCCGUCAAGUAAAGUCACGACCAAGGCAACCGUGUUAGACCUCCUUCGAACCCAACCAAAGAAGAAAAAUGCACCACCCCGUACUACUGCUAGUGCCGCUGUUGCUGUGCCGAAAGCCUUCGAGUCUGUCGCUGAACCUUCGCUUUCCAACACACACUCAGGCUGCAACCCUGAAGAUGGAGCGCAUAUACCUUCUGAUGAGACCCUCGUCGACGUGUCUUACCAACCUGAUGUUCUCGUCAAACCUGGAAAAUCUCCUCUUGUUCAUUCCCCCACGACCAUUACUCCGUCCUCUGCUGCUCGCCGCCUUGACUUUGGAGCUGAUUCUCAUGGCUUUGUUACUCGUACAGACAAUGUCAACCGACAUCCUGCGGCUGGUUUUUCUGACGGUUCACCUGGUCCCACUCAGUCUGCCACGACCUCCCGUACAGUUUCAGGACUCCUUGGCCACCAGAUUGCUCCUGAUGGGUCGCAUAUAUCCGCCCCGGCCGGAAACUGUUCCAUACCCACAUCAAAUUCGCCACUGCUCCGCGACGGUCCUCGACAGGACCUUCGCUCUGCGCUAUUUAAACAACCACGGCCUGCCGCUCGCCCAACUGACACUGUCGGCCCGCAUCCCACUGGGACGCGCCCGGCAGCUACUGUGCUCCCCUCGUCCUCGUACCAGGGUGUUACCACCUCUCGCUCUCCUGGUAAGCCCCAGCUUUUUCUUCGUUCAGUAUUCCCUCUCGGCGUUAAGUGCAUUCAUUUCACAGCAUACAAUCAGCACCACCAACAUCAGUACACUGGCUUGCCAGAACAACAACCCUGGAAGAGAGAAUGGCGCUCCCCAGAUCUCCACUCGUUGCCCUCACAAGGCAAAACCUUCCACCAGACGCCUCCAACCCAACAGAUGCCUCCUGUUCUUCCCAAACGCGAAUACAGCCCUAUCCUCCCGGACGCACCCGCAUAUAACCACUCGAGAGACCAGCCACAAGGUGCUGAAGUCACGAACCACCCGAAACCCUGGCUACAGCGAGCCAUGAAUGCGUCUACCACCUCGCAUCCUUCUCGGACAAGUGCGACCACAAUACCUCCUCCGGUGAAGAUGCGCCCGCGCCCAAUAAGGCGCUCUCCCAGCCCAUCACCCCCGCUUCCUCCAUUCCCCCGAUACUGCCCGUCACCCCCGACCCGGCGGAGGGAGCAGCAGCACGACUUGUUCGCGAGUAAGAAGCCUCAGCCCAAACGCGACGCCUACGACGCCUUCGGUUCUCCGCACGCAUCCUGGUCGACCCUCCCCGCAAAGAAACCUCGCGCUACAGGCAAAGACAAGACUCGUGACGUCGCGAGCGGGAAGUUCAAGAUCCCGCCCAAGCUUGCGCUUGCUUCGAAGGGACGCUUCGCGCGAGAGGAAGCGGGCAAAGAGAAUGGGGCGCUAGGUCAAGCAUGCGGCUCGACGCGGCGGAGAGUUACGACAUACCUUCCACCUCCACCAAAGAAUGCUCCGAGCGUCCCUCAAGACGACGGUCGCUCGCAGGCAGAGAAGUCUCACCGCCGGGUCGGAACGAGCGCGACCGUUAAUUCACCCAUCUCCUCCCCUGGCUUCCAACCACUUACGAUCCGUCGCGCCGUACCGUCUACGAUGACGCUCCCCUCCUACAAAUACGAACCUUCAAGAACGAAGUUCUCUCCCCGUCCCCCCGAAGCCCGUGCCCAGUCGUACCACGACACGCAAUCGUCUCCCGGACCGUCUCGCAGCCUUCUGAGUCCUGUCGCAAGCCCCUCUCGUGACGGGGCUGUCGAUGACCUUCAGGACUGGCGGACAUCUCUCACAUUCGAUGAAGCUGGCGUUUCGCAUCGCUACCGUUCCGUGCGACGCGGGGUCGCUGAGCGGAAACGCUUGUCCGCUGAGGUGUGGGACAUCUUGGGGCUCCCUAGCUGUGGCGUUGUGUUCCGCGACGAGUGGAGAAGGACCUCGGGGACGGCCUCCCCUGCAGCUGGAAGUACAGAAGUGGUUGGGUGCCCAGCGCGGGAGAUGACUAUCGUCGUGUGGGAGGGAUUGAAGGCGCCCCCUUAA